UGUGAAUUGGCAUCUACAAAAUCCUCUCACCACAUAUAUAAUCCCAUUUUCCUCACCCCACACACAUAACACACCGUUUCUCUGCUCUUCCGCCACCAUGAACAACCGCGAUUGGGUUGAAGCUGCUCUUAUGAACCAGUCCGUGGUGGCUGAGCUGCUGAUUCGGCUCAAGUACUCCGACCCCGCCCCGAUGCGGAGCUCUCAUGGAGUUGCCGUCGACUGGAGCGUCCGACAGCGUCGCUCCAAGCAGAUACUCAAGGAAAAAGGCGAGCCCGCCAGAGACAGCCCCAGUACGCCGCUUUCUUGGAGAAGCGCCACCUCCGCUAGCGGUGGCGCUACGGACGUCGAGGAUUCCACCCGAGCCGAUAAGGCAUCCGACAUGAGAUCUAAGAAUAUUGCUGUCGGUGAAUCAUCUAACAUCAGGAAGCAACGAAAGAGAAAGACUUUUGCUGAACUUAAAGAGGAGGAGGAGUUGCUGCUGAAGGAAAGGAAUCAUCUGCAGAUGGAACUGCAAACUUUCACUAUGAAUUUGAAAAAACAGAGAGCAAAAAAUGAACACUUGAAAAGAGUGAAGCUUGGUACACAAUCACCUCCUGCAAAGAAGGCAGUUGCCCCAUCUCUUGCAUUCAAACCUGUGGCUGAUCAACCUCAUAAACAGAAAGCCGCUUGUGAUCUGAGUCACCCAGCUCCAAUGGUGCCCACAACAGUCAUAGGCAGUGGUGAGUAUGCUGUACCACACCAAUAUUUACCUAAUGGUUCUUCAAAAGUUCAAGCUGUAGUGAAAAAGGAGCCUAGAUUCCUGCUACCUGACCUAAACCGGCCUCUGGAGGAGGAUUUCAGCUCUUAGGGUAUAUGGGAAUGAGCCAAGUGAUAAAUUUUAUAGGGAUGUUCCUUUGGUAAAUGAAGUGGAACCAAGAUCGGCGAAAAGGUUUAAUGCUUAAUAAAGGAGUAGCCCAAUUAUGAUAAAGAUUAGUUCUUGUAAUUACAGAAGCAUGUGGCUUUGCCAGAUCUUGAGUAGACUGGAAGUUUUUAAAUUUCUUUUACACAGGAAGGUAGUGGGGCAGUGUAGAGAUCCUAACCCAGUAGACCCAAUCACAUUCUUUUCUUUCACAGUUAGGGCCAACCCUCAUUCCUUCUGUUUUCAUUUGGAAAAAACUACAUAUAAUGAGUAAUUCUUUCUAUUGAUAAUCUAAUGCUUGGACAUCUUCAAUUCUGAAUUUGACUUGGUUCUGCAUGUCCUUUUUUAUUUUA